CUCUUUGAGUAAUCUUACAGUUUAGUGCAGAUAGUCAAUAUAUCUGAUCAUGUCGAACACUACUGACGAACAACGUGCCUAUCAUUUGCGCAAAAUGCGCACCCGCUUCAGACGGUUAGAUGUAAAUAAAGAUGGUUUCAUAUCAAGGGACGAUUUCGAGUACAUGGCAAACAAAUUGCUAGAGUACAGUAAAAUGGGCGAGGAACAUGCAGAAUCGACACGGAAAGCAUUUACCUUUGUUGCUGAUAAUCUUGGCCUGAAAUCAGGAGUAAAGACCCCGGUUGAGGAGGCAGCGAAGGAGGCAAGCAGACAAAUGAUGUCUAUGGCACCUGCGAAACAAUUGGCUGUCCUACACUCUGGUCAUAAUGCGCUGUUUGAUGCUUUAGACCUUGACAAAGACGGCUACAUUUCCCAGGAAGAAUUCAAAAUAUAUUUUCAAGUAAUUGGUCCUGAUAUUUCUGAAGCUGAGAUGCAACAUUCCUUCAAUACCAUAGAUGAAAACAAGAAUGGGCAAGUAUCUCGUGAAGAGUUCCUCGCAGCUGCAUUCGAUUUCAUGUUUGGAGUGGAAGAAACAGAAAUUUCGGAAGUAUUCUUUGGACAUUUACUGCCGUAGACUCAAUAUUGAAACUGAGAUUUCUAUAUAUAUAUGGAUCAUCCUUUGUUUUGCAUGUUACACUAGGCUGUAUUAUUGAUUUCCUUUAUUGCUACUUUGGACCAAUCUUUGAACAAAUAUUAGUAACUUUGUAGAAUUAUGUAACUCUGUAGAAAUAGUUUUGUAGGAAUAUCGUGAGGGGCCUACUUGGCUAAGCCUGCCGCACACGAGAAACUUGCUGAGCUAACCGCCUCGCGUGGCGGCUGGCUCAGCUAUGCAUUUUCACCGCGCACGUUGGGAAAACUACUCAACAACAACAUAAUUGACAAACUGAAUCGUUUGCAUUUUCCUCCAAUUGUGUUGAAAGUCACAUGAAGAAACUAUGGUUUCUCAUUGGCUAAUUGAUUAACAGCUCAGCACUAAGCUCACAACAUCCGCAUACGUUGAGACUAUUUCACCUCGCGAGGUGAAAAAUAUCAAACACCGCGAUAGAGAUUUUCCUCAAGGCCUCUAGAGGUCAAAUCCUCACGGAAACUAUCCGCACACGAGAGAAACUUGCUGAGCUAGCUGCCACGCGAGGCGGUUAGCUCAGCAAGUUGCUCUCGUGUGCGGCAGGCUUAAUUAAGUGUACAAAAUUAACCGUGAUCAUUUAAUCAUUGUUCCUAUUCCAAUUCAACUAAUCGAGUUCUAUUGCCAUUCAAUAGACCUUAUGCAUAAUGACGCCACAAGGCUUGAUGCCCACGAGGAAUGCUGGUCUUAAUUAGCAGUCAUCGCCCGGGAAAUUUUCGAUAGUGCCCAUUUUUAAUUGUUUAAUUUUCCAUGAGAUGACUACCAAGACCAGCAUUCCUCCCGGGCAUCAAGCCUUGUGACGUCAUUAUGCAUGAGGUAUAUUCCAAUGGACCUUCAAGUUAACAUAGAGUAAGGAUUAUAUAUAGCUCAGUGGCCAAGGCCAAAACCAAUACUCAGCGGAAAUGAAAUAUACAUUGUAGUACGUAUACUUCAUGUUAGCAGCGUACAAGGUCGUUUCCCCAGGUUUCGAAACGAAUGCGGUGUAGUAAAGAACAAAAAACGAAGAAAAUAACGUUCUGAUAACCAUGGCAACCACACUAAAAUUUCUACUGAAUGAUUUUCAAACGUGAAAUAAACCCUGAAAUACAAACCA